AUGUCAAUCAUAUCGUUUAAAGGAUUUAGUUAUGUUGGUAAAUUUGUUAAAGUCCCGAUUGUUCAGUGUUUUUUAGCACGGAAUGCAUCGAUUAAAAAUGAAGUACAAAACGUUGAUGUUGUCGCAACCACCGCGGAGAAAAGUUUGUCGGAAGAGGAAGUGAAAGCAAUAUGUGACAAAUCUCGCUUGAACCAUGGACAUCGAAAUAUGGUGAAUGGUCGUGUACCUUAUGACAAGCCGGUGCAUAGAUACCACAACACAGUAAAAUACAAAAGAAAAAUGUAUGGCCGGUAUGGUGAUGCCAGUAAUGUUUCGCCGGGCUUGGCAUGGCCAACAGCCGAAGACUUGGAGGAUAUAAGAGAGUAUGAAAGUAUAGCCUAUCCGUUGACCAUUCAAGAGAUGCAAAAAAAUGCAUUGGAGCUUAUAGAAAGUGAACGUCAAGAAAUUCAAACGAAUCAGCAAAGAAUUGAUAACAAUAUGAAGAAAUUAAACGGUUGGUUAAAAGAAGUCAAAGAAAAGUCUGCAAAAAAAUUGCUCGACGCACAACAAGCUAAAGAAAAGAAAGAAAGACUCAUUGAAGAAGUGAAAAAACAUUUUGGUUAUAAGAUAGAUCCAAAAGAUGACAGAUUUAAAGAAAUGCUGGUCAAGAGAGAAAAAGAAGAGAAGAAGAAAGUUAGAGAAGAAAAGAAAAAAGUCCGUGAAGAAAAACUCCUGAAUUAUUUAGACUCAAAAGCAAAAUAG